GAAACGUCAACAAGGGCUGUCAAUAAAAUUAAGUGAAUUUUAGCGCUUUUAACACAAGUAAGAUAAGAUAACGCAGACCACGAGCAGCGACAACUGUUACGCGCAGGGCUACUAAAAGUGCCAACCAGACAAUAUAAUGAAAACUAAUCUGUAAUUGGUGAGGUUUCGUUUUUCGUGUAAGUGAAAGCAGCUUGGGAGUCUUGGGACACGGGCAGCUAGCAGGCACCCACAAAAUAACCUUUAUCGCCAGUUAUUACAUCCAAUAACCGAUUAAAUCGCGGUUUCAAAAUAACCUGAAAUAAACGGUUAACUUUAAGAACAAUAACCGGUUACUUUUGCCCAUUCCUAGCGCCUAUCUCAGCUUCAUACCCGUGGCCACACCAUCCUGGGAACCAUACAGUACCUCAAAAGGGGCGCUUAAAAAUUAUAAAAAUUGUUUUAUUUGGUCAAGAGGCAAGGGUUCAGGGUUUGAAAACCAACCAAUGUCAUAUCCCAACGCCGGACCUCAAGGUGUCGCCACACCCCAACUGCCUGCAUCAUCACCUGCCCAACCUCAGUCCGGAACACAACCAGGACCACAAACCGCCACCCAGAACCAGGGGGCGGGGCCGCCACCGUCUUCGACGACAAUCACAGAAAGACGAAAAUUGAUUCAACAACAAUUAGUGUUGUUACUACACGCACAUAAGUGUCGAAAACGAGAGGCGCAAGCCAAUGGUGAAUGGUGGCAGUGUAAUUUACCCCAUUGUAAAACAAUGAAGAACGUUUUGAAUCAUCUGAGGACGUGUAAUGCGGGAAAAAGUUGUUCCGUGGCGCAUUGUAGUUCCUCGAGACAGAUUAUAAGUCAUUGGAAACACUGUACGAAAAUGGACUGUCCGGUUUGUUUCGAAAUAAUAACCCUAACGCAACGACGAACCCCCCUCAGAGCACACAACUGAGAGAAUAAGAAAUCAAAUCUCCCUAGCAAAUCACUGGCAACACGAGCCUCUGGUGGUAAAGUGCGUUACUAACACGGAAUGGCGCGACAUUUUAAUUGACCCCCUUCAUUUUCAAAUAUUAUUAUCAUCUUGCAAAUAAAAUAAAAUAAAAAAAAUAAUUUUAAACAAAAUUUGAAAUGAAACUUGCCAUUAUUAAAUUGUUUCAAGGUAA